AGGGCGGGGUCAGCGGAAAGGCGAGAGAGGAAAAAAAAACCGGAGGCGAGUUUGGCGGCGACACUGGGUUUAAAGAGUAAAACGAUGUGAGCGGAGAGUUUGCUGAGGUAAAGUCGCCCUCGAAUCCCCUGACGGACCGUCUGUUGUCAGGAAGUGUAGCCCGGAGGCAGGUUUUUAUUCGGGAAGGCUCUGCUGGUUGUCGAUGGCGGCGGCGGCGGCCCGGGGCAGCAACCUGAGGAAAGCGGGAGGCUUCAUCGGGCUGGUGAAGGAUGCCUUCCAACCUCACCCUCACCAACACCAGCCGGCAGGAAUCGUGGACAAGAGGGCGGUGGAGAAAUGUUGGAAGCUAAUGGACAAGGUGGUGCGACUGUGUCAGAAUCCCAAAGUAGGGCUAAAGAACAGCCCUCCCUACAUUCUAGAUCUGUUGCCUGACACUUACCAGCACCUGCGUCUGAUCCUGACUCGAUAUGAGGGAAAGAUGGAAGUUCUUGGUGAGAAUGAAUAUUUCAGAGUUUUCAUGGAGAACCUGCUUAAGAAGACAAAACAGACCAUUAGCCUUUUCAAAGAGGGGAAAGAGAAAAUGUAUGAAGAAACCUCACAGCCAAGGCGACACCUGACCAAACUGUCACUGAUAUUCAGUCAUAUGUUGGCAGAGCUGAAAGCUAUAUUCCAAAAUGGAGUGUUCCAGGGGGACACUUUCAGGAUCACAAAAGCAGAUGCAGCAGAUUUCUGGAGGAAAGUUUUUGAAGAAAAGACAAUCGUUCACUGGAAGGUUUUUCGACAAGCCUUACAUGAUGUUCACCCAAUCACCUCUGGCCUGGAGGCCAUGGCCUUGAAAUCUACUAUCGAUCUAACAUGCAAUGACUUCAUCUCUGUCUUUGAAUUUGACAUUUUCACUCGACUUUUUCAGCCAUGGUCAUCAUUGCUCAGGAACUGGAAUUCAUUAGCUGUUACUCAUCCGGGAUACAUGGCCUUCUUAACCUAUGAUGAGGUAAAAGCAAGACUCCAGAAAUUCAUCCACAAACCUGGGAGCUACAUAUUCCGAUUGAGCUGUACCAGGCUUGGCCAGUGGGCAAUUGGCUAUGUCACAGCAGAUGGCAACAUUCUUCAAACAAUCCCCCAUAACAAACCCCUCUUUCAGGCUCUGAUUGAUGGAUUCCGUGAAGGAUUUUACCUGUUUCCUGAUGGACGUAGUCAAAAUCCAGACCUGAAUGGCUUGUGUGAGCCUACACCACAUGACCACAUCAAAGUGACGCAGGAACAAUAUGAAUUAUAUUGUGAGAUGGGCUCCACCUUCCAGCUCUGCAAGAUCUGUGCAGAAAAUGACAAAGAUGUGAAAAUAGAACCUUGUGGUCACCUAAUGUGUACUUCCUGUCUUACAGCCUGGCAGGAAUCUGAAGGUCAAGGCUGUCCAUUUUGUCGCUGUGAAAUAAAAGGCACUGAACCAAUUGUUGUGGACCCCUUUGACCCCAAAGAUGGGCCAGGUCAAGCCCGUUUAGGAAUGGAGACAAUGUUAUCCCCAAAUUAUGAGGAUGAAGAUGAUGACCGUGCUGAUGAACUGUUCAUGAUGAACAAGCUAUCAAGUACCAAGAUUGAGAGACCACCAUCUCCAGUCACUCCAGCUCCCAAUUCUGCACUUCCACCGGUUCCUCCUCGAUUAGACUUGCUGCAGCAUCGUUCACCCACAGUGUCCUGUGCGCCUAGUCCUUGUGUUUCACCCAAGACUUCUUCUAGUGGCCUGCAUAAACAAGACAAACCUUUACCUGUUCCUCCAACUCAUCGAGAUCUUCCGCCUCCCCCACCUGAACGACACCCAUCUGCAAGUGUUGAUUCUCGAAUGCAGAGGCGGCCUUUACCGAGCACACCAAAUGACCUCCUACUACGAGACAAGCCACCUCUUGUACCGCCAAACCGACCUGGAGAAACCUGGCACAUACGAUCUCAGGCAGCUAAAACAUCAGUCCAGACGCUUAAUUCGGGGGAUAGAUGGACAGGUCGAGAAUUAUCCAACAGGCACUCGUUGCCUUUAGCAUUGUCAUCUCAGAUGGAUACCAGGACAGAGGCGGUUAGACAUAGCAGUUCACUUGGGCUUGAUAAUACAGUGGCUUUCUGUGGUGCCUUGGGUGAUGGCUCAGAGUACGAGACCUCCAAAGUGAAACCCUCCACAUCAGCAAAUACCAUUUACUCUCUUGCUUCACGAAGUGGAAUACAGGGAGCCUCAAAUGCACAGGCAGUUCCGAGACCCCUGACAAAGCCUUUUACAUCAGAGGAGCGUUCAGAGAGUAGUGAUGAGGACAUUGAUUACAUGACUCCGUCCUCACUACCUGUACAUGCUCCACUCUGUGUUACCACCUCGUUGGAUUCCAGAGUUUUGGUUCAGUCGCAGGGCAGCCACAAUGCAGAAGCUUUGUCUGAUUCGGACCCACUGAGGCAGAUGUGCGAAUUUAUGUUUACCUCAUCGUCUCAGGCCACAAAUGUAGACUUUACAACUGACAAUGGUGAUUGUGCUAUCAAUGAUGGGCCUGAACAAGGUGAGAGUGAAGAUGAAGAUAAUGCAUAUGACUUCCCCAAACCGCCAGUGCCACUUCCUCCAGCACGUCGCACAUUAUCUGAUAUUUCUCAAGCAAGUUCAACAUUUUCCAAUAUGUCUGAUCAAAAUCUGCCUAGUCCCAACACAGGAGAUUCAUCUGCGCCUGAAAGACCUCCCAAGCCAUUACCUCGGCGAAUCAACUCAGAACGUAAAUCCGGUCCUAGUCAGUCCAACAGCUGUCAUAAGACACAGCAGCAGACUCUCUCAGCUGAGAUCAACAGCCUCUUGAGCCAGGGCUACUCAUAUCAGGAUAUCCAGAAAGCAUUGCUAAUUGCACAAAAUAAUGUGGAAAUGGCAAAGAAUAUUCUUCGGGAGUUUGUGUCUGUCCCUUCCCCUGCACACAUUGCAACAUAGCCAUCCCUUAGGACACUGCCACCACCUAGCCAGAGCUAGUGGUUGGUCUGAUAUAAACCUUGGCUUGAGUGACAACGUGCCUCGUCUAACCCCCUCGCCUCAUCAAAUUGAAUAAUCAGGUCUGUGCAAUUACUGAAAUAUAGAAGGAUGCUAGCGCCCUGCCUCAUUUUCACUCCAACUGUUGAAUUUUUAUGAAAAAGUUUAUAUGUGAAGGUAUUCUUAAGAUAUCUGAGGUUUGACAAAUUUACAAUCUUAAGGGCAGUCAUCACAUAAGGAAUUUUGCAAUCCAUAUAAAACUGAUGCCAAUUGAUUACUUUGUGCAGAAUUAUCAGAAAUGUUUGAAUAUUAUCUCUGGUUCUAGUUCCAAAAGUAUUCCAAUAAAGUGGAUGUACCUCCAUGAAUGAAUUUCAAAAUUAUAUUUUCCAAAUUGGAUUCUAAAGUUGAGAAAUAUGUAUUAUACACAGGCUGUAUCAUAUUCAAACAUUGUAUUAUUCAAAGUAUGCAGUAACAGGCUUCUGUGUGCCUGUGCAAAUAUUGCGUGAACAAAGUUUAAAAUGUUAACAGUGAGUUGGGAUUCAAAAGUUAGUUUCAGUAUAAGGAGGUUUAAAAGUAGACCCAGCUUCACUUGGUAUUACUUAUCAACUUGUGUCACUGGGAUGUACAGCUGCUGGUGUGGAAUCAGGUUAGCACUUAAACCAUCCAGCCAUUCAGAAUAAAUAUGUGGGUCUAUUUUUGUACAUGCAGGAAUCAUUUGCACAGAAUAAAAUAUUAGUUAGAAAGUUGUAUUUAUACAGUACCUGGUCGUGUGUGUAUGAAAGAGAAAUUUAAAGUGAAAAGUGGAUCCCAAUUUACACAAAUCCAAAAGAGAUGUUCGGUCCAAUCGUGCAAAGUUCUUGCUACAAAUAAAUCUGCAAUGACAGCAUGGGUUUCAUUGUACAAUUCUAAUUGGUGUUUUCCCCAUUUGAAUUAUUGUGUUUGGCAUGAGGUUUGAGUGUAAAGUAAGGAGCAAUUAAGAAUAGAAAGUAGGCAGGUAACCACAUGUAAUCAGUGCAACACUGACGCUGAGCAGGUACUAGAACAGAUUGUUAUUUGAUCCUAGCUGAUCCCUGAGAGAAAUCUCAGUGUUAGUUUACCAAGAAAGAACUGUCCAAGUUAAAAAAAUAUUUGGUUUUGAAUCAUUGUAAUACAAUGCAUUUAAUCACAAGAAUGUGACGAAAAUCAGGAAUUGUAAGAUGCCACCUUACUCAUGAAGUCCAAGAAUAUUAUCCCUAUCCUACAUUGGCCAUUUAGUCCCAAAUGAAGACGUACUUGUAGUUUCCAAUAUACUGUUCACCCAUUAUAUUUCUAAUAAGAUAUUUAGCACUGAGCUAUGAUUCUAAUUCUACUGUCUAUUUUAUUAUGAACAAACAAAUGAAAGUCCGAAUAGAAAAGCAAAAUACUGCAGCUGCUGGAAGUACUCAGGUCAAGCACCAUUUUUGGAGGUGGGGAGGGAAACAAAAUUGAAGUUUCAGAUCAAUGCUCUUUUAUCAGGACUGGUUUCAUUGACCUGAAACAUUCUCUCACUCGUGUUCCCUGUCUCCAUGGAAGCUUGCAGUUGUUCUGGGGUAUUAGAGGAUUUUCUUCUUUCUAUUAAUGAAGGAAUUAUAUAAAUAUAUUAUUGUCUGAGUUGACAGAUCCAACUUGUUAUUUGGAUUACAAUUUGCCUGUACCAAGAUUGAAUAGGGGAACAACUAGGAUGCUGCACUUGAUCAUAAUAGUCCCUGGACAGAGGAUGGGAAAAAUCAGUUUCUAAUUGCUUUCCAGUGAAUCCUGCAAAAGAAUGGAUGUAUGGGUGUUCUUGGGUCAGUCACUGUGUGGCUGCAUAUCUGACUGUUGGCAUGUAUGUAUCUCUUUGUUUGAUGCAGAUUUUCUCCUAGCAAAGGGUUGGAUGUGCCCUUUGUGACCUUGCCCUCUUUGGUAUAGUAGUCUGGGUUUGUCAGACACUAGAGGGAGUCAAUGUUCAGGAGAGGAAAAGUGGAAAAUCUGAAGAGGAAAUAUGUGCUAUGUUGAAGCAGAUACAAUUUUACCUUUUUGUCAUUUACCUUGGUCUAGUUUUUCCUGUUUUGUUCAAACUACAGUGAAGGACAUCUGGUGUGUUCUCCUGAGUUGUAGCUCCUAAUAGCACCUUGAUGAGGAAUACACGUCACACAUCAUCCUUACUUCGAGCUAUAUGACUAUUCCUUUGCUAAGGCUGGGUUGAAAUCUUUCACUUUUCUUAACAGUGCUGUGGGUAUACCUACCUGUACCAUAUGGACUGCAGUGACUCAAGAAAGUGGCUAUCAUCUUCUUAAAGGCAACUAGCGGAGGCAAUAAAUGCAGGUCUUGCCAGCUUCACAUUUCUUACCAGAAUUCUAAGAAAAGGCUGUAAAUAGUUUUCAGUCAAGUCCAGAGAUGUUGUAAGAAUUUAUUUUCGACAAUGUUUCUGUUCAAAACUUGGUAAAACUAAACUGAAAUAAUUCAAACUGCUACAGCAAUCAAGUGAGACUAACAGCAAUAUUACUGUUGCACUUUUAAAUACUUUUCUUUCUUGCCCUAUGCAAGCAUUGAUGUAGGAAGUAAUUUGGGUGUGAUCAACAACCAGCAAAUACAACUUGACAUUACUGUGAUGUUCAUGAAAGGUAUGUGAAAGUAGAUAUUUGUAAGGAAAAUAUCUGUACCUAGUGUCAAUAUAGAAUCACAGCAUGAAACAAAAGAGCAGGAGACUAUUUGGGCCAAUGUGCCUAUGCCAGCUCUUUAGAAAAAGUUAUCUAAUUAGUUCCACUCCCCACUCUUUCCCUUUAACAUUGUCAAAAGCACAAUGGUUUCAUUUUUAUUUAUGUUCUGCUCUGUCAUUGUGUUUAUAGAUU